UUAGUCACUGAAAAUGACCCUAAACUUCAUGUAGGGGAACAGAGAUGGAAAUGACUGAAGCAGAUGAGUGUCAGAGACGAAGCAUAAUUAGCCCCUUCGAGAAUCAGGCUGCCGAGUCUUUUGAGGGUGAAGAUAACCAAAAUUCAGGGAGUGAUUGCUUCCACGUUGAAGACCAAGAGGUUUAUUCAGAUGAGGAUACUGAUGCUGAUACUGUGUUAGAGGAGGAUGAGGACGUUACAAAGGAAAUGAUCCGAGAUGAGAUUCGGAAAAUAAAUGAUGCUCAUAUAGAAGAUGAAGAAUACCCAGAUGAAGUGGAUACCCCUUUAGAUGUUUUGGCUAAAGUGCGUUUUUGCAAGUACCAAGGUCUUAAAUCUCUUCGUACUUCUGUGUGGAAGGACAAGAUUCCUCUGCCUCCAGAAUAUGCUAGAAUCUUCUCAUUCCAUAACUACAAGGCAACACAGAAAUACGUGCUUGAAAAGACCAUGGACAUUGGGCAGUGUGAGUGCGUUCCUGUUGGGUCUUACGCAAGGGUUCACGUACCAGUUGAUGUUGCUUUAAGACUCUGUUCUUUGGUGAAGUCAAUGCCUGUGGUUGCCAGUGGGCUCUUGGAGCACGAGUCCAAGAUGUCUGUUCUCCACUUAUGGCAUAAAGAACACAAGUCAUACCAGUUUCCUAUCAAAGGAAAGGAAUCUCUAGUUUUUCAUGUUGGAUUUAGGCAAUUUGCUGCUAGGCCAAUAUUUUCUGCAGAUAGCAUAAACUCAAAUCAGCACAAAAUGGAGAAAUUUUUACAUGAAGGACGGUUUGCGAUUGCUUCUGUAUAUGCCCCAAUUUCUUUUCCUCCUUCACCCUUGAUAGCCUUAAAGAUGGGGAAUGGAGAAGUUGGCUACCCUGCUGUUGCUGCUAGCGGGUCACUAAAGAGUAUUGACCCAGAGAAGAUUAUACUCAAGAAAAUUAUAUUAACUGGUUACCCGCGAAGGGUGUCUAAGCUAAAAGCUACAGUCCGCUAUAUGUUUCAUGAUCCCAGAGAUGUAUCACAUUUUAAGCCCGUUGAAAUCUGGACAAAGAAUGGCGUUCGCGGUAACAUUAAAGAAUCUGUCGGUACACAUGGAACGAUGAAGUGUACUUUCAAUCAUAGUUUUCAACAACAGGACACCGUCUGUAUGAGUUUAUUCAAACGUGUAUACCCCAAGUGGCCUGAGCAUAGAUUUCCAAUUCUUCUCGAUGCUCGAGUGACAUGAAGGUUGUGCAGUUCAUAAGACAUGCCAACUAGCCUCCAUUUAUGAUUUAACUUUAGUAUAUAUUGACUCAAGAUUUGUGUUUCAUUUUGUGCCUAUGUGGUGGGCACUGGGUAGUAUCAGAUUUUAUCAUCAAAAAAUGCCCUCUUCUUUCCCCCCGUA